UCCCAGCAGUGGGAGGCUGAGGCAGGCGGGUCGCUCGAGGCCACCCUGGGCUACAUAAGGGAAUUGAAGGCCAGCUUGCUCUACAUAGUGAGACCUGUUUCAAAAAAAGACAGAAAAAAAACUAAAAAAAAAAAAAAAGAAAAGAAAAUUUCCGUCGGCAGAACGGAACCCUGCGAUCCCUCAGCGUCCCAGCGUGGUCCUGGGUGCAUCGGAACCAGGGCCCCAGUGGCCCAGGGGGCGGCCCCACCCAGGGGCGGAACCUGCGUGGCUCAGCCAAUCAGCAGCCCCACGUCUGGGUGCGGCGGGCCGCCGGCGGCGGUCGGGCCACGCAGGCGCGUUGCUCAGGCCGGCAGCGCGGUCUGCUCCGGGCGCCGGAGGCCCGGGCUGGGGCCGUCGGCGGGGGUCGGAAGCCUGGUUCGGCUGCGAGCCAGAGGCCGGGGUCCCGCAGCCGGCCCGUCCGGCGAGCCCGCGCCACUUCCUGAGCGUCACAUCCGGCGCCGUGCCCCUCGCCCAGGCCUCGGUGUGCCCCCGCCGCGCCCCGGCCGCCACCCGGCGCUCGUUUGCCCCGCCCGGCCCGGCCCCAGCACCGGCCCGCUGCCCUGGCCCGGCCGCGGUGUCCCCCGGCCCCGGCGUUCCCUGCCCGGCCUGGGCCCUGCGUCCCAAGAGGGGCCCUUGUCCGCGGGAGACGCCGAGUCCACACGGAGGAAGCGGGUGCGCGCCCGCGGGGAGCCCUCGGGGCGGGGACCAAGUGUUCUGACCUCACCAAAGCCAUGUUUUCCAAGCUGGCCCACGUCCCCAGCCCAGGCAGUCACCGUGACCCAUGCCGUCCCCACUGAGUCACGUGCCAGUCAAGGUGGUGGCCUCAGCAUGGCGGAGCCCCCAGCCCUGGCAGGGAGCACACCCAACUCCAACUCCAGCUCCAGCCCCCAGGCAGAUCCUAGAGAGAAGCCUCAGCAGCUCGUCUGGGCCCCCCUGUUUGACCACCGCAGCGACAAGAUCCUGUUUUCGAAGAGUGAGGGUGGCCCUGAGGGGAGCCUGCUCACCGUCACCAUCACUGAGACCACCGUCAUCGAGUCGGACCUGGGCCUGUGGAGCGGGAGGGCGCUCACCUACCUCACGCUCUGGUUCUUCUUCAGCUUCUGCACGUUGUUCCUCAACAAGUAUAUCCUGUCGCUGCUGGAGGGCGAGCCCAGCAUGCUAGGCGCCGUGCAGAUGCUGUCCACCACACUCAUCGGUGGCGCUAAGACCUUCAUUCCCUGCUGCCUGCACCAGCACAAACCACGGCUGUCCUACCCACCCAACUUUGUCAUGACCAUGUUCUUCGUGGGCCUCAUGAGGUUUGUCACUGUGGUCCUGGGCCUGGUCAGCCUAAAGAACGUGGCAGUGUCAUUCGCCGAGACAGUGAAGAGCUCCGCCCCCAUCUUCACAGUGAUCAUGUCGCGCAUGAUCCUGGGCGAGUACACAGGGUUGCUGGUCAACCUGUCCCUCCUCCCCGUCAUGGGAGGGCUGGCACUGUGCACCGCCACUGAGAUCAGCUUCAACAUCCUGGGCUUCUCGGCCGCGUUGUCCACCAACAUCAUGGACUGUUUGCAGAAUGUCUUUUCCAAGAAGCUGCUCAGCGGGGACAAGUACCGGUUCUCGGCUCCGGAGCUGCAGUUCUAUACCAGCGCUGCGGCUGUGGCCAUGCUGAUCCCCGCCUGGAUCUUCUUCAUGGACAUGCCUGUGAUUGGCAGGAGUGAGAGGAGCUUCCGCUACAGCCAGGAUGUGGUGUUGCUGCUGCUGAUGGAUGGCGCUCUGUUCCACCUGCAGAGUGUCACCGCAUACGCCCUCAUGGGCAAGAUCUCCCCAGUGACCUUCAGUGUGGCCAGCACGGUGAAGCAUGCCUUGUCCAUCUGGCUCAGCAUCAUUGUUUUCGGCAACAAGAUCACCAGCCUGUCUGCCAUCGGCACCAUCCUGGUGACAGUGGGCGUCCUGUUCUAUAACAAGGCCCGGCAGCGCCAGCAGGAGGCAAUGCAGAGCCUGGCUGUGGUCACCAGCGAGGCCCCAGAGGAUGACGAGGAGCCACUGCUUCCUCAAGACACAAGGCAGCACCACUGACCUGGGCCCUGGACUCUGCUGGGGGUGGAUGCAAUGUCUGUGGGUGACUGCUGGGCUCAGUGCCAACUGGGGUGCUCCCUGCUGGGUGCCCACAAGGAAAUCCUUAGCUCCCUCACACCAGCCACCACAGGCAUCCAAGCUGCUUGGUCUGCACCCGCACCUGGGUACCCACACAGUGUCUACCUGUGGGCUCUGGUGUGGGACCCAGUGCCUGUGGCCCCAGGAAUGGGGUCCACACAGCUUGAGAAAUGGCCUGGAAACCAGGGACCCUCACAUUGAGGGCGGGGCUCAGAUCCCCCUUGCCCCAGGCCAGGUCAAGGUCCUUGGGGCCACACCACCAGUGAUACCCUGUCGACGGGGCCCCCAGCACCUGUGGCCUGCCCUUCACCAGGGCAGGUGCUACCUGCUGGGUGCUGACCAGUCUCUGCCAUUGGCUCCCCUGCACAGACCCCAUGGCGGGAAGCUGGAUGUACCCAUGGGGCUCCUCACUGCCCAGACCUCAUGGGCAGCUUGUCUUGCAGGUGACAACUUGAAAGAGCUUCAUUUUGGUUUUUUGUUCAUUAUUUUUGAGACAGGGUCUCAUUAGGUAGCACAGGCUGGCCUUGAACCUGCAGCGAUACUCCCCCCCUCGGCUCCCUGAGUGCUGGGGUCACAGGCCUGUGUCGCCCCACCUCACAUCACUGACAGUGACACUGCAUUUUGAUGAAGUGAGCAUCCAUGCAAACAGUCUCUGAGUAUUACAGGUGUCAGCCAUCCGCAUGAUGAGCCUGUCUGUUCAUCCCAUGCCUGGGACCCUGAUACCACUGCCAAUGGCACCCCCUCUAGGGCUCAGGACCUUGUAAAGGGGUAUCAAGCACCUUGCACAUAGGCCACACCAGGCCAACCUUCUCCAGUGUCUCUGGCCCUUCUUCAGAGUACCUGUGUGCCACAGCCCCCACUCUGGUCCCCAUGUACCAGCUCUGCAGCAGCCACCAUUGCAUCACUGGCUUUCCAGUUGGCUUCUCACUUGGAAAAUACGAAAUAGUCCAUCCUAGAGACAAAGCUCACAGAAACCAAGAGCAAUAAGAACCUUGUGUUCCAUCUAUGUGAAAAAGCCAGCUGUGCCCAAGGGCUGAAAGGAGACCUCAUAGCUGGCAGCUGCUUCCCAGGACAUAGCCUCCUAGGCAUUGCAUAGGCCUGCUGUGGGUGCCUGUGCCACCAGGUCCCCUGCACUGCGGGGUACUUGUCUCAAAUGGCUUUGUCCAGGUUUCUUUUUCUUCCUCCUGCUCCCCAGAAACUAAAGAAAAUGCAGUGGGUGGUCAGGUGGCAGGGCACAGUCAGUCUGUGUUGGCCCUGUUUGGCCGAGAGCGUGGUUGUCAUGCGUGGGCUGUGAGAACAUGGUGGCUUGGUCUUGAGGCCUGUCCAUAGCUCAGCUUCCCGGUAUUCUUUGACCUUUGCUUCUAUGUGGGAUCAGGAAGCAGCUGCUGUGACGUGCUCUCCCUCCUGCCUCAUAGUUGGCUUGAAGCCUCUUAUGGUUUAGUAAAUGUGUGGACCAGAAACAAAAGAAAGAUUUUCCAAAAUGAAUAACAAGUGAGGUAAUUUCCAGUAAAGCACCCUCUGAGCCUUUCCCUUGUCCUGGGCAGAUAGACCACUAGCUUGUGCUGUGCCCAGCACAGUGCCCUGGCCCACCCCACUUAUUUCCCCUUGGCCCAACUGCACACCACAUAUGCCAGGCCCAGCCUCGCUGUGUGUGCAUUCCACAACAGCCCAGCCCUGAGCCAGCCGGCCAGCUUGGUCAUGGCUUAUGGUGGUGCAGUGGCAGUCUUGUUUAUUAACUUGGUCUCCUCUUUUUAUAGGAUGGUCUCCAGUAAGCCAAUACAGGCGUGCAUGUAGAAACACUGGCACUGGGUGUCCUUGCUUCCAUAGGGUGUAUCCCACCUGUGUCCCUGUGGUGGUCUGUGCACAGCUCCCUGGAAGGACCUGAGUUGGGGGACCUGCUUCCUUAACCCCUGUGCUUGGAGAUGAAGAGAUUUCUAAUUUCAGAAACUUCCUGUGGCUCCCGUUGGAGUGCAGUGGUAGAGCUCUUGCCUAGCAUCACAACCCCAGUUCCAUCCCUGACACAGAAAACAAAAUCAAAAACCUUCUACCACUGAGCAGCAGCAAAACCUUUAAAACCUGACAGCCAUAAUUUCCUGUAUAUCAGCAUUCAAAUAAUUGCUGGCUGGAACAUUAGAAUUCUCUUGCACAAUCCCAAAUGUGUCUUUAAUUUGAAGACAAACAGUGAAUCAGAGGCAAUUUUUUAAAAGCUGUACAAAGAAUAUAAACCAAGUAGAGUUCUGUUUUAUAGUGUGCUUUUAAAACAUUUGUCAAAUUGGUGGCAAUUUGCUUUUCUGAUGGUCACUUACACAGGUCAUUGUGGAUCAUACAUAGACAACACAGCUUUUCACAUCCAGCUAAGCGACAGUAUCCUAAGGCCUUGAAAGUAUUUGUACCAUUGUGGGGAAAAAUUAACAGGGAUGUUACUAUAAAUAGACAACCUCUCUAACUAUUUUGCUUUGACCAACAUUCCAUUCGGGGCUUGGCCUAAUUGGAACUUUCCACUUUUUCUUUUUCGUGGUACUGAGGACCAAAUCCAGUGGCUCAUACAUGCUAGAUAACGACUCUACCACUGCUUUUUUCCCCCAGUACCAGGGAUUGAACCCAAGGUCCUUGAGCUAAGCUAUGUCCGUUUUUUUUUGUUUUUUUUUUUUGUUUUUUUUUUCCUUCUGAGACAGGGUCUUGCUAAACUGUCCCAAGUGGAGCUCAAGCUUGCAAUCUUUCUGCUUCAGCCUCUCUCAGUGCUAGAAUUAUAAGCUUGUGUCACUACUUCUGGCUUACCAGCAGAUUUUAUUAGUCUUUAAAUAAUGCACUCUGAUGAAUUAGGGUGCAUCGUUCUCCCCUAGACAACGGAGCAGAUGGUUGAAGUCCUGCUGACUGUGGGUUGGCUCCUCCCUCUGAAGUUCAGAGUGGGAAACUAACUUUGCAGGUUCUGAAGUAUUUCAUCUGGGUUUCUUGGGGUAUGUGCUUCUGAACAUACUGCUGGACGGCUCCUCAGCUUGUCAGAUGACCAAAUUCAGUUCAAAAUUGUUCGAACUUGCCUGUUGUUUUUGGUUUUGUUUUGUUUUUUUGUAUCAGGGAUCAAACUCAUGAGCUAGCACUUGCCAGACAGGCACUGUGCAGCUAAGCUAUAUUCCCAGCCCCUUGCCACCUUAUUUGCCCUUUUUGUUUUCAGUUUUCAUUUCUUGAAGAAUGCAUUCCAUUCAUCUGCAGUUUCUGGGCUGUUUGCCAAUAUAUUUGUGAGUCUGUACCUGCCCAAGAGGUUUGUAGAUACCACUUAUAGGAGCUAAAACCUGGUUGCAUUCCUGCCUUGGGAAACUUGAAAAUCUUACCAAUAAAAAUGCAUCAGAGCCAAAUCAUAUUUGCUUUAUGUCAAACCUGUGGAGAACUAAAAAUGCAUCACAGAAUGUUUGUAGUGUUUUGUAUGUCCUGUUUCAGUAUUGACAUAAAUAGAUUAAUGCUCUUAGAAAAUGUUUCUGUGAUUUGUACUGUGGUAAUAAAUUUCUACUGUCAUUAA